AUCAGAUUACUAGACACGAUGAUGUUGAUUAUGUGAAAGUGCGGUGCCGGCAAUGAUGUGGUAAAAUCUUUCUCAGCUCUUUCGUCAAAUCAUAUCGCAUAGAGUGAUACCUUCUUUUAAGCUUGCUAUGCGCUCUGUACAAGUUUAUAGUUGAUUUUUUUUUUAAAUUUAAAUAUAUUAUUUCGGUCGUGAUUUUUUUGUUUUAAAUUAGUUAAUUUAUACGUAAUUAUUUUAUUCAGAAUGAUGAAAUCAGCAGUGCUGUGCCUUGUGCUAACAUUAACGAUAGUAUAUGCAGAUGACGAAGAAUACCAAAGAGAUAUAAGGCAGUCGCCAGUAUUUUUUCAAAAUGGUCCACCUCCUAGAGGAGCUCAACCUCAAAAAGGCCAACAACCAUUUCCCGGUACAUUAGUUCCUAAAUUUAUACCUUUCGGUGGCGCUCCUCCGCAAGGUUUCAGACCAGCACCUCAAGUAGUCGAUGAAGAAGAGGAAGAAGAAAUAGAAAAGAAUUCAAUCGCUCCGUCGCCGUCGACUCCUCCUCAGCAACAAUUUUUGCAUUUUAGACAAUCUCAAGCUUCACCCCAACAAGUUAUUCAAUUCAGACCAACAUCACCUUUACCACCUCAACAACCAAUCGCAGCAGCUCAAAUUUUACAACCGCAGCAAGCUAUUUUGAAAGGACGUCCUAACCAACAAGAUUUCCAAUUACGUAGACCUCAAAAUAUCAAGAAUCAAUUAGGCCCUCAAGCUUUAUCGGAAGAAGAAUUAGAAGAGAAAGAAGAACCAGAUAGGUUGACAGAACUUCUACCUCAAUCAAAAUUCAGUUGUAAUGGCAAGAAAACUGGUUACUACGCUGAUGAUGGAUUAAACUGCGAAGUGUUCCAUUACUGUCAAGAUAACGCAAGACAUUCGUGGAUAUGUCCUGAAGGAUUUUCAUUCCACCAGGUCCAUUUGAUUUGCAUGCCACCCAGCAGUGAUAAUAUUUGCCAGCAAUCUUCGCAGUUCCAUUUCGUCAACGAUUUCUUAUACAGACCUAUCAACGCCGAAGAAGCUCAAACUCGUCCGAAUGUAACUAUCCGAUACGCCGAUCGUUACUAUCCGGAGAACUAUUACGAAGGUCCACAAGACGAGGAAGCCGGUGAAAAUGUCCGAAGCUUUCAACAAAGACAACCACCACCACAGUUCCAAGUCCAAGCUCAACAACCAAGGCCGGCGAGACCAACGCAACCGCAAUUCCAAGCUACUUUAAGACCUUUAGCUCAGUUACCGCAGCAUUUUACCAGACAGCCGAUUAACAAUCAAGCUUUCCAUUCGCCCGAAGAAGUAAAUAUUCCAUUACAAAGUAGAAGACCUACUCCAGCUGUAUCUCAAAGAGGUGGUCAUCCGCCUCCUCAACAACAACAAAAUUUCGAUUUCGAAAAUCGUAAAUAAAUCAAUAGUAAAAGAACUGUGCCAAUUGUAUUAAAUCUUUUUUUUUAUGUACUUAAUUUAAAAUACUUUCUUUGUAAUAGCAUUUACGUUAAAUUGUGUUUAUGUGUAUGUAUUAAAUAUUAUGUAUUUUGAAAUUAAAACGUUUGUGUUUAUAAA